AUGGGCUCGGCGAGCUUACUGCUGUUGCCGCUCCUCCUGCUGUCCGCCUCCUUGUCCAUCUCGAUACCCGUGACCGCCGGACAAUCCGGCGACGAGGCCGCGCUGCUUGCGUUCAAAGCCGCGGCGAUCAACGGCGGCCAUGGCGACCCGCUUGCUUCGUGGAACAGCAGCAGCGUUGGUGGCUUCUGCGGUUGGGAGGGGGUCCUGUGCGGGGCUAGGCACCGCCGAGUGGUGGGCCUCAACCUGACCUCCCGUGGACUCAACGGCACCCUGUCUCCGGCCAUCGGGAACCUGACCUUCCUCAGGACACUGAACCUGACCUUCAUUGGUUUGAAGGGAGCAUCCCUCGAGCAUCGGCCACCUGCACUGCCUGCCAGCCUCAGCUCCUGCGUCAGCUUAACUUUCUUGGGAGCCAGAACUAACCAGCUACAUGGUCGUAUUCCUGUUGAGCUUGGCCGCAAGCUCACAAACCUUCGAAUCCUCUCUCUGGGAAACAAUAGCCUGACGGGCUAUAUCCCAGUAUCACUAGCCAACAUGUCAUCUCUACACAUUCUUGAUCUGCGUAGAAACCAGCUGGAAGGCCCCAUACCAACUGAACUUGGCAGCAUUGGAGGCCUAAGACUCCUUUAUCUCCAAAAUAACAACCUCUCAGGUGUGCUUCCACACUCUCUGUACAAUUUGUCUAUGUUGCAAGAUUUCUUUGUAAAUUCAAACUCGUUGUCUGGAACUAUCCCUACUAAUAUCGGCGAUAGGUUCCCCAACAUAGAAACUCUCAACUUUUGUGACAACAAGUUUCAUGAAACUAUCCCGGUUUCACUAUCCAACCUCUCUGCUCUCAUGAACAUUCAGCUUUCUAAGAACAAUUUCUGGGGACCCGUUCCUCCUACUUUGGGGAGAUUGAAAGGUCUCCGUUCCAUAAUGGUAUAUGACAACAAGCUAGAAGCAAAUGAGGAGGGGUGGGAAUUCAUCACCAUGCUAUCGAACUGCAGUCAGCUUCAGGAUCUCGAUCUCAGCCAUAACUCCUUCAAUGGAAAACUUCCUAGUUCAGUUACAAACCUAUCGACAACUCUCAGAUAUCUUACGUUAGGAGAAAAUACAAUUUUCGGGUCUAUUCCGCCCAACAUUGGCAAUUUGGUUGGUCUGGACAUAUUUGGCAUUCAGAAUACAUCCAUAUCAGGAGUGAUUCCAGAGAACAUUGGUAGGCUUGAAAACCUGGUUGAUUUAUACCUUUACAACACUAACUUGUCAGGCCUCAUACUUUCAUCACUAGGAAAUCUUACACAGUUGAAUUUGCUUGGUUUAUACAAUGGCAACCUAGAGGGGCCAAUUCCAGCAAGCUUCGGGAACUUAAAAAAUCUGGUUGCCCUUGAUCUCUCAACGAAUCAACUGAAUGGAAACCAGCAGUUGCCUGGCAACAUACCUGAUAGUAUUGGAAAAUGCGAAUCAUUGGAAUGGUUAUUCCUGGACCAGAACUCAUUUGAGGGCAGUGUACCACAAUCUUUGAAGAAUUUAAAAGGCCUGGAUAUACUCAACGUGACCAUGAACAAGAUGUACGGGAGUAUUCCUGAUGUCCUUUGUAGUGUUGUUGGCCUACAAGAAUUGUAUCUAGCACACAACAACUUGUCAGGUUUGAUCCCCACAUGUCUUCAGAAUUUGACAUCAUUGUCAAUAUUAGAUCUGUCCUUUAAUGAUUUACAAGUUUUAGUAGUUAUACUUAUUCAGCUGAUCCACAAGAAGCUCAGAAAAAGGCAUGAAACUCAACUCAUAUCCACAACUGAGGAACAAUAUGAAAGAGUUUCUUAUCAUGCAUUGUCAAAUGGAACCAAUGGGUUUUCCGAGGCCAAUUUGGUUGGACAAGGAAGCUAUGGCAUGGUUUAUAAAUGUACUCUACAUGAGGGCACUACAGUAGCUGUAAAGGUUUUUAACACAAAGCAGUCUAGGACUACUAGAAGCUUUGUGGCUGAAUGUGAGGCACUGAGAAGCGUGAGUCACCGUUGUCUUAUUAAGAUAAUCACUUGUUGCUCAAGUAUCAAUCACCAGGGUGAAGAGUUCAAGCCACUAGUUUUUGAGUUCAUGCCAAAUGGUGACCUGAAGAGUUGGCUCCACCCAGAGUCUGACACACUUGCUCUGACAAAUACUCUUAGCCUUGAACAAAGGUUACACAUUGCUGUCAAUAUCUUCGAUGCUUUGGACUAUCUUCACAAUCACUGUCAGCCAUCAAUCAUUCAUUGCGAUCUCAAGCCAAGCAACAUCUUUCUUGCAGAAGACAUGAGUGCCCGAGUUGGAGACUUUGGCAUAUCAAAAAUCCUUCCAGAAAGUGCUAAUAGAACCCAACAAAAUUCAACUAGCACAACUGGAAUAAGAGGCACCAUCGGUUAUGUUGCUCCAGAGUAUGGCAAAGGUUCUUUUGUCUCGACACAAGGUGAUGUUUAUAGCCUCAGCAUAUUACUUCUUGAGAUGUUUACUAGAAGGAGCCCGCACAAGUUUUCAGAGAAUGCACUUCCAAAGAGAAUAUGGGAGAUUGUUGACCCAACAAUUUGGAUGCACAUAGAUGCUAACAACAGAGCUACAAGAAGCAGAAUUCGGAAUUGUUUGGUUUCUGUUGUUGCUCUUGGAAUAUCCUGCUCGACGAAACAACCUAGAGAAUGGAAUCCAAUACAGGACGCAGCUAUUGAGAUGCAUGCUAUUAGAGAUUUGUAUCUUAAAUUUGCCAGAUCUCAUUGGGUGGAUCAUGAAGAGUAG